CUUCAGGCAUCAGGAUCGAGGAUAUACAAAUUUGAAAAAUUUUCACUCGAGAAGUGGCAUGCUGACUUUUUAUUGUCCUACACCCGCCCACAGCGUAUGACUUCCUUCUCCCCCCCUUUUUCAUCUUCACCGUGUGUUAAGGUUUAGCAACACUCUCUUUCUCUCUCUAAACCCGAAACAGUGAAACCUUCUCCCCUAUCAAAUGGCAAAGGAGGCGCACGGUAGCCUCGCCUCCGACGCCGACGCCAUAGAAGCGACGGCGGAAGAUAUCGAGUCACGCAUUACCACCGCCAUGCACUCUCGCGUUGGCCACUUCAAGGAACAAGCCGAUUCGUUGACCUUCGAGGGAGUUCGGAGAUUGUUAGAGAAAGACUUGGGGUUAGAGACCUUUGCUUUGGAUGUUCAGAAGAGAUUCGUCAAGCAAUGCCUGCUAAAGUGUUUAGAUGGUGCAAAUGAGGAUGGCUCCAAGAGUUCUUGUGAAACAGUGGAGAAAAAUGUAAGUACAACCACUGAAGGAACAGAAUCACCCAAAGAACGAGAAUCUAAGAAAGAAGUAAAGGAACCUUGCUCUGAAGAUGAGGAGAAAUUAGAUGGCUCUCCAGUUUUGGGCCUUCUGGCUGGACAUAAAACUACAAAAGUUGAGAACAAAGAAACUAAAGAAGUUUCUGAGAGUACAAUACAGAAAGCUAUCAGGAAAAGGGCUUCAUAUCUUGAAGCUAAUUCAGAUAAAGUCACAAUGGCUGGACUUCGUCGGCUUUUGGAGGAAGAUCUUACACUCGAUAAAUUUACACUCGAUCCGUACAAGAAGUUUAUAUCUGGAAAAUUAGAUGAGGUAUUAAAGUCUUGCGAAGUUUCUGCAGCUGCAAGUGAGGUUAAGAAAAAAAAACUCAAUAAAAAAUCUCUGAUCAAACCUUCUAAAAAGGUCAACAAGAAAAUGAAUUCUGCUUCAUCAGGAAGUGAGAAUGAUGAGGAGGAAGAUGAUGAAGUAGAACAAGAGGAAUGGGAAGAGGAAGAGGAAGAGGAAGAGGAAGAAGUGAAGCCCAAAAAAAAGAUCACUCCUAAAGGGAAGACUAAGAACUUUGAAGGGCUUAAAAAGCGGAAAAUACCUAAAAUAGAGGCAGAGAUGCCUAGCAAGAAGAGAAGCAAACACACAGAAUCAAAUUCAGAUGAUAAUAGCGAUGAAGGAGACAGUGGGAGUGUCUCUGAUGAUGGUUGCUCUCGAUCUUCUGUUGCGAAGGCUGUCAAGAGAAAAGAAACUUCUGCUCCAGUACAUGGGAAACGUGUGGAACAUCUAAAGUCGGUUAUCAAGUCAUGUGGGAUGAGUGUUCCUCCCUCAAUCUACAAGAGAGUCAAACAGGUGCCUGAGAAUAAACGUGAAGCCCAGUUAAGAAAGGAACUAGAGGAUAUUCUUUCUAAAGAAGGGUUGUCUGCAAAUCCUUCAGAAAAAGAAGUCAAGGAUGUGAGGAAGAGGAAAGAAAGAGCAAAGGAACUAGAAGGAAUUGACACGAGUAAUAUCGUGAUAAGUUCACGUAGAAGGCCUACAGCCAGUUUUACUCCUCCCCCAAAGCCCAAAAUACCAGAUGUUAGUACUGAUGAUGAAAGUGAAGAAAGUGACGAGGAUGAUGGUGAUGAUGAUGAUGAAGACGCUGGUGAUGAUGGCAACAGCCAAAGUGAAGAAUCGGAUGAAGAAGAAGAUGAAGACAGUGAUUGAAUCCAUACAAGGUGAUUGCUGGCCCAUCAACUGUUCGAUUAUGGUUCUGUAUUAUGUAUUUUAAAUUUUUGUUUCUCACUAAGGUUUUCUUGUUACAUAGUUGGUGUGGGAGUCAGUAGUCCUUGAUAGAAAAAGGAAAUGGCUUUUUAAUUUUUUGAUUAGGAUGUUUGUAUUAUGAACGAGUACUGUGACUUAGGGUUUUCAUUUUAGGCCAUAGAAUUUUGUUUGUUAAUGCUACGUUUGGUUUUAAAUGUGAGGAAGGGUUUAUUGCCUGAUUUAGGCUUAUCCCUUCGUUAUGAAAA